AUGAAGCUGUACGAGGAGCGAAAGCGCUACUACGAGGGACUGCUGCAGGCGGAGGUGCUCUUCCUCGACAACCAGGUGCGCUUCAUCAGGGAGAUGAACGGCGGCAUCAUCAAGAUGGAGAAGGUGAAGGAGGCGACGCUGACGAGGCAGCUGAUUGAACGCAACUACGACAGCGACCCGGUGAAGGCGUGGAAGAGGCAGUACGCGCCGGAGGACGAGACGAAGAAGAAGAAGGAUGGAGAGGAGAAUGAUGCCGAAGAGGAAGACUCCGCCGAAAAGGAGGAGGAGAAGGAGGAGGGUAACGAGGAGGAGGAGAAGAAGGUGGGUGUCUGUGACUUCAACUACCUCCUCGACCUGCCGAUGCGCCGCAUGUUGCUGGAGCACGCCGAGCAGCUGAUCAAGACGCGCGACGACAAGCGCGCCGAGCUGACCAAACUGCAGCAGACCACACCGGCGCAGCACUGGGAAGCCGACAUAGACGACUUUCUUGCCACACUCGACGAAGUGGAAAAGAAGAAGGGCGGCGACGACGAUGAUGAUGCUCCGAAACUGCAAACGGCGGCGGCCGCCGGCGUUCCACCAGCUCGGGGCGAACGAGUCCAGCCGAGUAUUGCUGCUACGAGCGCGGCUGCCGGCUGGAUAACAGCAGCUAAGCAGGGUGAACAAAUGUGCACCUACUCUAGACGACAGACUCUGCAGACCGAUGCGGCGGAGGCGGUGGCCACCUGUGUUGCCAGCAUACAGACAGCAAUCAGCACUUCUAACGAUAACAACAAAACGACCAACACCAGCCAGCAAAACAACGACAGCGACAACGAUGAUCCCCUUGACUGGAGCUCAGAUCACCACGGCGACAACUACCACCAUCAGUACGUAGAGAACCGGGCGACUGUUGAAUCGGCUGGAACGGAAGAGCACCUCGUUGAUGAUGAUGAGUUGCAGCAGAAGGAGGAGUUGGCAGAGGUGGCAGAGAAGAAUGAUGAGGUCACCUCGAACAACUUGGACGAGGAGGAGGAGGAGGAUGCCGGGGAACGAGAAGAAGAGGAUGCCGAAGAUGAAGCGAGUGAGGCAGGGAGGGCCAACGAAGAACAAGAGACGGAAUGGAAUGCCACUGAAGUUGAUGAGGAUGGUCAUUCAGCAGUCAGUGAAUCUCAGCAAAACACCGAACCAGUGGUCAACCGUAGUUUGAGCAGUGCAACUGGUGAACAACCGCUGAAUGGUCUUCAAAGACGAGCUAAGAAAAGCCACAAUUGUCAGCAGUGCGACAAAAGUUUUCCAUUUGCAUCUCAUCUCAAUCGACACCAGCUUGUUCACACUGGCAUACAAGCUUACAAGUGCCCAACAUGCUCCAAAUCAUUUGGGCAGAAGGGUAAUCUCAAGCUGCACCAGCUGACUCACACUAGAAUUAAAGCCCACAAGUGCCCAACAUGCCCUAAAUCAUUUGCGCUGAAGGGUGAUCUCAAGAAACACCAGCUUGUCCACACUGGCAUUAAAGCGCACAAGUGCACGAUUUGCUCCAAAUCAUUUGGGAAGAAGG